CUUAACCCGCUUGGGGCUGAUCCUCUUGCUGUUGCAGUACUUAGCCGAAUUCUUCUUCCACAUGGCCCGGCUGGUCUGCUUCACGGAUGAGAACAACGAGAAGCUGUUUAACGUCUGGGCUGUGGUGUUCGUGGUCACCAGGCUCUUCACCCUCACCUUGUACAUCCUGGUCAUCGGCUUCGGGCUGCCGCGAGUGGAGAACCAGGCCCUCGACCCCGAGAGAGGGAAUUACUUCAGCUUUCUCUUCAACAAUAUCCUUUUCAGAAUGAGUGUGCUGCUGUUGGUGUGCCUCUUCCAGGCCUCGGUGAUGUGGCGCUUCAUCCACUUCCAGCUGCGGCGCUGGCGGGAGUACUGGAACGAGCAGAGCAGUCGGAAGCGAGCUGCUGCCGCCGCCGGCACCAAGCAGCAAGCCAAGGCGCUCAAGAGGGACUCGGGUUACCAUGAAAACGGAGUGGUGAAAGCAGAGAACGGCACCUCACCGCGAACCAAGAAGCUGAAAUCGCCGUAG